GUCUGGAGCGCUACGCGGACAGAUCAGCCGGCGCCCUGGCCGGGAAUCGCUUCAGGAAAAUGCUGACCUGAACCUGGGGGCCAGGCAUGGAAUUCUUGACAAUCUCCCCAGCACCUCCAGCGAUGGACUUGGAAGAGUCCAAGGAUCCUCCUGCCUCUCAGGACCCUGCUGCUGCCUGCCAGUGGGACCCGGUGCCAGAAGCUCCGGGCACCCCGAAUCAGAUGGAUUUUGAUGGACCGAGAAUCCAGGACCUGGUGCAACAAUUUGAGGCCCUGCCGGGUGAUCUGGAGGGUCUGCCCACAGAGGGCUCCCCCUGUCCCCUGCACAUUGCCACCGGCCAUGGCCUGGCCCCCCAAGACAUUGCCAAUGCCCCUGGGCUCCUGUCCUCUGAGGCUGGGCGGGAAGACUUACUUAGCCUGUUGCAUUAUGAAGAGUGCCUGCCUUCCCAGCCCAGGCCUCAGGCUGAGUCCCCAGAGCCUACCCCCCGCCUGCUGCAGCCUCCUGAGGACCCAGACGUGGACACGAGCCUGCCGGAAUGGUCAGAGGGGGCCUCUGCUGGGCAGGAGGGCAGCCGCAGCUCGGGUAGUUCGCCUGAGCCCUGGCUGGAGACGGAGCCUCUGGUCAGGCCCGAAGCACCAGCGGCUAGCUCCCAGAGUCCCGAGACCCCGGCUUCGUGCCCUGUCCCCCAGGAGGCACCCGGUCCCUGUGACCAUGAAGACCUGCUUGACGGCGUCAUAUUCGGUGCCAAGUACUUGGGCUCUACCCAGCUGGUGUCCGAGCGGAACCCGCCCCCCAGCACCCGCAUGGCUCAGGCCCAGGAAGCGAUGGACCGCGUCCAGGCCCCGGCGGGGGAGACACAGCCCAUGACCGAGGUGGACCUCUUUGUCUCUACCAAGCGGAUCAAGGUUCUAACCACUGACUCCCAGGAGGCCAUGAUGGACCAUGCCCUGCAGACCAUCUCCUACAUCGCCGACAUCGGCAGCGUGCUGGUGCUCAUGGCGCGGCGGCGGCUGGCCCGGAGGCCCACUCCCCAGGACCGUGCCCGCCGCCUCUACAAGAUGAUCUGCCAUGUCUUCCUCUCCGAGGAUGCCCAGCUCAUAGCCCGGGCCAUCGGCCAGGCCUUUGCCGUGGCUUACAGCCAGUUCCUGCAGGAGAGUGGCAUUGAUCCCAGCCAGGCCCGGCAGAGCCAAGGGGCCAUAGGGCCCGGCCACCUCCACAACGGGGACCUUGACCAUUUCUCCAACAGCGACAACUGCCGGGAGGUGUGCAUCCAGAAACGGCCAGGUGAGGGCCUGGGUGUGGCCCUGGUGGAGUCGGGCUGGGGCUCCCUGCUGCCCACAGCUGUCAUCGCCAACCUGCAGCACGGGGGUCCAGCCGAGCGCUCGGGCGCACUCAGCAUCGGGGACCGGCUCACUGCCAUCAACGGGGUCAGCCUGGUGGGGCUGCCCCUGUCCACCUGCCAGACCGCCAUUCGCGAGGUGAAGCCGCAGACAUCUGUGACCCUCAGCAUUGUGCACUGCCCCCCAGUCACCACGGCCAUCAUCUGUCGACCCCACGCCCGAGAGCAACUGGGCUUCUGCGUGGAGAACGGCAUCAUCUGCAGCCUCCUGCGUGGGGGCAUCGCCGAGCGCGGGGGUGUCCGCGUGGGGCAUCGCAUCAUCGAGAUCAACGGGCAGAGCGUGGUGGCCACGCCGCACGCCCGCAUCAUUGAGCUGCUCACGGAAGCCCACAACGAGGUCCACAUCAAGACCAUGCCAGCCGCAACCUACCGCCUGCUCACCGGCCAGGAGCAGCCUGUGUACCUGUGACGCCCGGCAGCCCCGCCCUCCCUCACCACUGUGCCUUAGCCCUGCCGUCGUCGCGCUGCGGGCCAGCCAGGGCGCCGCCUCAGCACGCUCCACUCACAGGUGCUUUCUGUGUAGAAACAUUAA